AUGCCUGACUCCAACACUCACCACCACGAUUCCUUCAACUUUCUUUUCGACCUUUCCCAAGUUUCCCCGUCGCAGGAACAAUUAUUGCGCGCUCCUUCUGUCGGACCACACACUCACCACUCCCCUUCACCCUCACCUUCACCCUCACCCGCUUCCGCCGACUCCCCGCCGCGCUCCAACACCAUCGUAAUGGUGUCGCCUCCCGACUCCCUGGACGCCGUCCCUCAAGAAGUUUUCCACACGCCGCCGGAGAACUCCUCGCGCCCUUCCUCCUGCAACCAGCCGCGGGCCGCCACCACCGGCGAUCACCGUUGCGCUGUUAAUCACGCCGUCGACGUUGACGCUGGGACCCAGGGUUUCGUCGAUUUAUGCGAGGGGGCUGAGUUUGUUGAUUUGGGGAGGGAUUCGGAGUUAGGGUUUUCGGAAUCCUCGCUCGGUGCACGAAGGGAUGUUUUGGACGAGAUUCGUGAUGACCGGUUAGAUGAAUUUGCGAUUUUCGAAAGGGAAUUGUCUGAUUUGGGCGAGCCGCCAGUGAAAAAACCGAAACUUUCGGAGGGCGAUUUGGGUGUUGAUUCUUCAGGGGGUUGUGUGGAAGUUCAAUCGCAGAAAGGAGAAGAGGGUGUGGAGAAUUGCGAGGGGAAUCUGGUUUCUGAAGCAGAAAAAAAUUAUGAUGAAAAUAACUGUUCUACCCAAAAUUUAGAAACCUUGGUUGGGGAUGUUAGUUUGUGUGAAUCCGAGAAAGUGGCAUGCACUUUUGAGAGAAACAAGUCAAGUGAUGGGGUUGUGGAAGGUUCUGGAAUGGGGAAGAAGAGUGACAGGAAAGUGGUGCUGCGUGAGUUGCCACCCUCAAUGCGUGGUCCUUCGGAGAAUGCAGCGAGUAAAGUGGAAUUUGGGAACAGUCAGAAAAAGAAUGUGUUCGAUGUGUUAAGAGUUCUCUCAGAGAUUAGUAAUGAAGAGGACGAAAAUCUUGAUGAUAUUAGUUUGUUGGAAGUCGCUGAAGCUUGUGGAAUCACUUUUCCUCGGCCAAGAUGGUGGCCGAAAGGGGAAAACUUUGACCCCCUAUGA